AUGCAUACAGUUUACAUCAAAAAUAAGAACUGGCUGCAGUUUCAGGCUCCUCAGGCAGCCAGUUGGGCUGUAAAAUGCAUUUGCAAAGCUAAGCAGGCAUGUUGUGAUACAUUGGAUUCUUCUUCUUGGCUUACUAAGAACAAAUUCUCUAUUAAGGAGGUGUACAAUCUGCUCAAGAACCAAACAGGGAAGACUCAGUGGGCAAGAUAUGUUUGGAAUAGGCUUCCAAUUCCUAAACACAGGUUUACUCUAUGGGUGUUGCUACUGGAGAGACUCAAAACCAGAGACAGAUUAUUCCAAUAUGGAGUGUGUGUUGAUAACUUAUGUCCCCUUUGUGGUAUUUCUGUUGAGACUUGUGCACAUUUGUUUUUUGACUGUGUGUACAGCAGAAAGCUUUUGGCUGAUCUUAUGGCUUGGCUAGGUCUCAGCACUCACAUAACCUCUGUGAUUUUGAUCUUGCAGUGGAUUAGAAGGAACUGCAAGUCAGUGUUCAAAAGGAAAGUCUUUUAUGCUGCCAUGGCUGGUGGUGUUUAUCAAAUUUGGAAAGCUAGGAACUCUGCAGUUUGGGAUCUUUCUGUUCCUACUAUUGUGAGCUUGCUGCACUCAUUACAGUUUGAUAUUAAGCAUAGAAUCCUAAGUUUAAGUAGCAAAAAACUCAGUGAUGCUGAUAGAGAGUGGUUAGUGGCUUUGUAG